UCAACACGCCCAUAACGGAGAAUCAUCCGUCUUUUCUGUAUACGAGUUAUUAGUCCUCCCCUGCUCAGGGAAUGCCAUUGUGAAGGCCAGAUACUUGACUAGACCAGCUUUUGUCCGAGUAGAAAACCGUUCUCCUUCCUGCCAACAGACGAAAAAAAAAAGGAAAAUAAUCGAUUUCUUCCCUGAAAUUCCUCCUGCUACUUUUCGUGCUUCCCUUCUCUCGUCCACUACUGUGGGUUGACUUCGUUUCCCCCAUAAGCCGUAUCGACGACGUCUCGAAUCCGAUCGGAAUUUCGCUUCAACCUGAUCUAGGCCGACUUUCUGCACUGCAGCUACAUCCCUCAGCAAGAAACUGAAAGAUCAGAAUUCAUGGAAUUGGAGGCCCCGGUUGUCGAAGCAGAUCCAGCAAGAAGCAGAGGAGGCGAUGAGGGCAUGCUUCAGACACCCCUCUUGCCCUGCCCCAACUGCGACGUCCAGGUGGUGCACAAGCUGGCGCAGCUCCUGCUGCCCGGCCUCGCCGCCGCGUGCGUCGACAGCACCUUGAGGAACCCCUCCUCCUCGCUCGCCGUCCAGCUGCGCGCGGAGCUGGUCCGCUACAUCACGGCCAGGAGCACCAGCCCGCCCGAGCUCCCGACCGAGGCGGGCGACGAUCCUCUGCCCGAUCACGACGACCCGGCCGAGGCGCUGGCCACGUUCCUGGACGACUUCGCGAGCAGCAAGAGGAGCAUCGUCGUCUCCAUCUCCGGCUGGCUGCCGUACCUGGGCGGCGACGACGGCCGCGACGACAGGAUCGACGACCUCGUCCAGGAGAUGGAGGCCACCCGCUUCUGGCCGAUCGACCGGCGCCAGGCCGUCGCCCGGGACCUGCUCCGCAGCCUAGACGCCGUGUCCACCGGUGGCGCCGGAAGCAAGUUCCGGUGCCGCGACGAGCUGGAGACGGAGGAGAAGCUGGCCGACCACGUCGCCAACCGGUGCCUCUUCAGGCCCGUGCGGUGCCGGAACCUGGUCCAGGGAUGCACGGCCGAGGUCUCCGCCUGCCGCGCCGAGGAGCACGACGCGGCGUGCGCAUUCAAGAUCAUCCCCUGCGAGCAGGGCUGCGGCGCCACCGUCGCCAGGCGCCAGAUGGACAGGCACUGCGUCACCGCCUGCCCCAUGAAGCUCGCCAACUGCCCCUUCUACCUGCUCGGCUGCGAGUCCGCCUUCCCCGCCUGUAACCUCGGCUCACACUGCCAACAGUUUGUCAGAACCCACCUCCGGCUACUCCUUGAUCGCAACCAGAUAACCAACAUGGCUGAUCGUCAGGAGCUGGACCUGGAGGAGCGUCUUGCAAUGCUGGAAAAGUGUGACUCUGAUGGCACGUUGCUCAAAGCUUUGGAUGUGAGGGCUCUUACUAGUGCUCUAGCGGAGCUGGAGAAGAAGAUGAGCGCUCAAGACGGGGGAUCAUGACAGCAAAGAAGCAGUUCGCUGACAAGAUACCACAACUCUGCUCUUGCUGUGUGGAUCGGCCAUCUCUUUCAAGAUUUUUUGUAAGCUUUUGGCAAGGGUCACACAUGGUGUUCUUGCUCCAUUUUUUUGUGAUGGCUGAUUACAGUAUUUUCUGUAUGUAUGCUUUACGAUUGAGCUCAAAAACUUGAGAUGGUUGCAAUAUGCAAAUCUCAAAGAGGAUUUUGCAAACAUGAAGUUUUAAAACUGGCGCGAAAAUUUUGGCCUGAUUGGUAAAACUGCAAAUACAACAUGACCAAUCGAACUGCAACAA